CAGUAACACCCUAUAAAAACCCCUUCGUACGCGGACAGUCUUCAUCUACAGAUAUCUCGUCUCCACAUUGUUGGAUCAAAUUUCUUUUCAUCAAAACCGACGGUCAAGUUCAUGGCUCCGAUUGCUGUUGGCGAUGCGAUUCCCGACGGAACCCUUGCGUACUUCGACGCGGAAGAUCAGAUGCAACAAAUGUCUAUACACUCCCUCGCCGCCGGCAAAAAGGUCGUCAUCUUUGGCGUUCCGGGCGCCUUCACUCCCACUUGCAGCGUGAAGCAUGUACCUGGGUUCAUUGAUAAUGCAGAUGAGCUGAAAGCAAAGGGCGUUGUUGAAGUUUUGUGUAUCAGCGUGAAUGACCCCUUUGUGAUGAAGGCAUGGGCCAAAACCUACCCUGAGGCUAAGAAUGUGAAGUUUCUGGCUGAUGGCUCAGGAACAUACACCCACGCACUUGGCCUCGAGCUUGACCUCUCAGAGAAGGGGCUUGGAAUUCGAUCUCGAAGGUUUGCUCUCUUGAUCGAUGACCUCAAGGUGAAGGCUGCAAAUAUAGAAACUGGGGGAGAAUUCACUGUCUCCAGUGCUGAAGAGAUCCUUAAGGCUCUUUAAGUUUCUUAUUUCAUCCUGCUUUUCUUCUUGUGACAUCGAGCCUCAGCCUUGUAUGUGGUUUUGUCUAAUGUCUUGUCUAUUUGUCUCCUCUGAUGUUUUACCAUUACAAACUCCAAAUCUUAGUCUGAAAUGUUGUUUGUUAAUGUUCUUUGGAAUUAAUAAAGAUGUUGCUUUUGAAAAUGGUAUGUAGUUUUAUCUUCAUAUUC